GCAAGAAGUCGCUGAUGCUUCUGGCUUAACUCAAGCAGCGACGAGCACGGCGCCACAUCUGCCGACAUAUUACACAACGGAGUAUUAUCAUGGUGCUCCAUUCGAUGUAAACCCAAUACAAGCCACCUUGGGUAACAUCACCUCCGGUCCCAAACCCUAUCACUAUGGCGAUGCAUCCUGCUCCUCCUCAAUCUCCCAUGUCAUCUCCUCCUGUAUAUUGGGAUCCCAUGAGUGGUGGUUGGGUGACUUUCCAGUCACACAGUGUUCUAGAACCAUGGACCAUGUACACGUCCUCGCCUUAUUAUCCGCAGCCAUCGCACCCAGUAGCGGAAUAUCCCUUUCCAUAUGCCGCGUCUUCCGCUCCGCUUCAGCCAGGCACUGUUGCCACGCGCCCGCCAUCGCUGGCCCAUUCCUCAUCCCGAGCUCCGCCCGAGGGCAAUCAAUUAGACAUCAAAAAGAUCGAGCUCGGUGUCGAUACGCGGACCACCGUGAUGGUCAAAAAUAUUCCGAACAAAAUGACGGACAAGGAGCUUAUCACGUAUAUCAACAAAGUGUGUCCUCGGAGAAUCGAUUUUUUGUACCUGAGGAUGGAUUUCCAGAACGGGUGCAACGUUGGCUAUGCCUUUGUCAAUUUCAUAUCGGUGCAGGAUUUGUUACGUUUUGCGAAGGUGCGCCUAAAUGAGAAGUGGAACAUAUACUCGAGUGAGAAAGUGCUCCAGAUGAGCUAUGCGAACUAUCAGGGAAAGGAAGCCCUCGUGGAGAAAUUUAAGAACUCCUGUAUUAUGGAUGAACGUGAGGAGUGGCGUCCAAAGAUAUUCUUCUCCGAACCCGGGCCGAAUCAGGGUCUUCCAGAGGAGUUUCCUAAGCCCACACAUAUCCGGAGGAAGGAGCGCAGCUCGUACAAUCGUGGAACGUUGUACCCUCCUGGUGUCAACAGCGGUGCAAGUCACUACAGGUAUCUCAAUGCUGCCAAUGUUGGCAAUCCUAACUUGCGGCACCCACCAACCCGUAUUUCCGGUGAGGACAGACGACGUCGACGUGGUACUGAUAAUGUUCCUUUCCCCUCCCUUGUCGGAGCUGAGGCUGAGGACACCGCGCGAUCCGGCUGAGGCCGCGGCGGGAUAUUAUCUUCCUUGGACCUUCACCCCCCAUUAGAGGUGGCUGAUCACCUUUGUUAAGAGACCGGGGCGCGAUGGAAAUUGUCAGAGUCGUGUCAUACGUUAUCUUUCGCGCCAUCCU